CGAAGGAGAAAGAGGGAGCGAAGGAGGAUGCGAAGGAGGGAGCGAAGGAGAAGGAUGUAAAGGAGGAGUUUGAAGAGGCUCUCAGAGACCUGAAGAUACAGUGGAUGACCAAGUUAGACACCAGCUCCCUGUAUGAUGACCUGAAGGAGAACUUCUCUUCCUACCUGCCACUACAUGUUCAGAGGCUGCACCAGCUCGACUCUGAGAAGGAGCGUCUGAAGCGCCUGGGUGACAUCGUAACGGCCUCUGACAUGGUUCUGUCUCAGAUCGACCAGACGGCCCUGGCAGUCUACCUCACCUUAAAGACCGACCCUCGCCCUGACGCUGCCACAAUCAAGAGUGACAUGGAGAAGCAGAAAUGUUCCCUGCUGGAUGCUCUGUGUAGGAAGGGCUGUGCCCUGGCCGACCUGGUACUGCUGCCUGCUCCACCCCAGGACGGGGCUGGGGGGCCGGAGACGGGGCAGAGACAGGGGCUGAAGAGGAGGAGGUGACCAGCUCUGACGACGCCCAACAGGGCAGGGCCAAAGCCUUGACAGACACCUUCUGGGAGCUGCAGAAGUGGGUGGAGCUAACGGACUCUAAGGUGUUGACGUUCUCCUACAAACAUGCACUAGUCAAUAAGAUGUACGGCAGAGCCCUGAAGUUUGCCUCCAAGAUCGUAGAAGAUAAACCCAGUAGAGAGAACUUGAAGAACUGCAUUCAGGUAAUGCGGUCCUUGGGCUGGAUGCACUGUGCCACUUUUACGGAGAACUGGCUGCCCAUCAUGUACCCUGCCGACUACACUCCCUUCUAGACUCUCUGUUACACACACACACACACACACACACACACACACACAGCAGUCAUGGAUUGACCUCACAAACAUAAACACACAUCUGAAAACAGUCAGCGUUUUUUUUUUUACCAAGUCUUGACUGAAUUCCUCGAAACAAUGUGGUCGCGUAGAGAAGAUUUCAACCCAGACACAUUUUCAAAGCUUCUUGUUAAAAAAAAAACCCUCCACUGUUGUUCAGUUGUAGAUAGAAAGAUGAAGUCCCAGAACGGAUCGUUUCAUCUUUAUCUGAUAUUUCUGUUCUGAAUGUUUCACCCUCCUGAAUGAACCCGGUCUGUAGAAAGGUACCGACACACUACACAUUAUAAACAGGCAAUAUAACACGUUAGUAUUCUCCCUGAUGGAGUUUUAAAUGUGUGUGUGCGCAUGUCUUUUAGAGAAAACAAAAGGGGGGGGUUUUGUGUUUGGAAGCUGAUCAUUUUGAGUCGAUGUCAAAUUGAACCCUGUAUUUUUACUUGAAUGUCAGUCCAUUAUUCCUUCGUGUGUGUGUGUGUGUGUGUGUGUGUGUGUGCGUGUGUGUGUGUGUGUGUGUGUCCUCUCUUUGGAAUCCCUGGAAAGAGCCUCCCUCAUUGUCAGGAUUCCACAGUGGUCCUGUCCUCGCUUUUGUUUCACCCCUCCUUUCCUCCCUCCUUUCCUCCCUCCUUUCCUCCCUCCUUCCUUUCCUCCCUCCUUCCCUCUUCCCUCCUUCCCUCCCCCUUCCUCUGUAUUGUAAAUUAAGCAUUUGAGGUUUUAGUUACGGUCUGAAGUUCAGGGUUCAUCUGUCUCAUUCUGUCUUCUCGUUGCCAACAACAGUCUCUCCUAAUGGCCUUAACUUAAUCAACCACGGGACCGUCAGCGCCGUCCAACUCUGACUCCAGAUCUAUCAGAACAACCUCCUCAUAUCUCUCUGGCUGUGGCCCAAACACCACCCUAUUCCCUAUAUAGUGCACUUCUUGUGACUAGAGCCCUGCGGGGGGUUUCAUACGGCUGUGAUUUGAAAGCAGUGCACUCUAUAGGGAAUAGGUUAACAUUUGGGAGGCAUCCUAUCGGUUCUCUCUGCUGGUGUCAAAAGACCUUUCGGAUAAUAUUAUGGGAUGUCUUUUAUUUAUAUUACAACUCAAAAACGUCAAUUAAACGACAAUAUUUUACGGAAUGUUAAGAUUUUAAAGGAAAUGUACUUUUUAGUAUUAUUUUAUAACCAUAUUCUUCCUGGGACGACAUGUGGAAAGUACCAACACGCAGUUUUGUUAUCACUGUAAUGGAAUUAUGUCACAAAUGAAUAAAAAGAUCUGGAAGAGUAA